AUGCUUAGAAGACCAGCCACCACCAUUAAACUAACCCCAGAGGAUAUCCUCGAGUACGAUGACUCGGUCCUUUUGCAGCAGAGUGCCAGUAUUUCUCUGGUAGAUCACAAUCAGGAACAAGACAAAUCUCUGACAGGAAUCAUAUUCAAAGAGCCAUUACAGAACAAGAAUGAGAGAAUCGGAGUUACGAGAAACGAAAGAAGCUAG